UUUAUACAUUUUUUUGCUUUGUCGCCGUGAAGUUGACAUUCUCUGUUAUUAAUCAAAGCCGCAAACAUAUACAGCAAAUAUGAUUAUCAAUACGAGCAAAGCGUAUCUGCUGCGUGCCGCGCGUCAACCAGUCGGUGUGCAGUACAUAAAAAAGUAUACAGCUAUUCAACCAUUUCACACAAGCGCCAAUACUCUCAAUAACGCAUUGCCGGACCCCACCCCCGCCCUUCCCAUACCCCAUAAUGUGGAUGCCGCAGAGUCAACGCGAUUUUCCCCUCAACGCUCAAGGGACAUGUCGGACAAUAUCAUGGUGAUGUCACAUGCACCCAUCUCGAUGAUUGACAUCACCACCGAUAACAGCUUGAGUGCGUCGCAGGGUGCGAACUUUGUACAGGAUUUGCAUGUGCAGUCGUACGAUUGCUUCGGUGCCGUUAGCCUCAAUGCGGUGAUGCAGAGCAAUGUGCCCACUCCGUUUGGUGGCAUGCACAAGUUCUCGCAUCUGAACAUGCCCGGCGGACAGUGGUCGCAGGAGUACAAGUUCACAUCGCAGAAUAUGCACAGCUCGCAUUAUCGUGCCUUGCGAGACAACACACGGGCCGAUUGGGUGACCUAUGAUCAGAAUGCCACGGUCCUGGGCAACCACAAUGGCCAAGGCUCCCGACGUUGCUACAGCACCCAAGCAACUCCGCCACCGAAGGCAUCCGAAACAGCAGCUUCAACUACUCCCGUUUCCGCAGAGACAGCUUCUCAACCCGAGCAAUUGAGCAAGAAGGAGCAACUGAAAAGAGCCUUUAAGGACUAUGGUGCCACUAUUGUCGCAUUCCAUGUAGGUAUCUCUCUGAUAUCUUUAGGUGGCUUCUACAUGCUCAUCUCCAGCGGAGUAAACAUGGUGCCUCUUCUGGAAUUCCUUGGCAUUGAGUCGAGUGCCAUUGUGGAAAAAAUAGCUGUGGGCAGCACCUUUGUCACGGCCUAUGCCGUCCACAAAGUAUUUGCACCGGUUCGCAUUAGCAUUACACUCGGUUCGACGCCUUUCAUUGUGCGCUUUCUGCGUUCCAAGGGAUUCAUGAAACCAAAAAAUAAGAGCAUAUAAUGCCAAACUCGAAAGCAUAUAUUAUUACGAUUUUAUGUAACGCGAUUACGCGAUAAAUACACGACAUUUUAAUAGCUAAGCUAUGCAUGCAAUUUACGUUUAUUAUCCUAUUUUUUAACUUUUAUCUAUACUUGUAUACUUCUCGAACAUAUAUUUAUCAAGCAUAUAUUUAUUCUGUACCAGUUUCACUUCAUAAUUAAUUAAAUUGAUUCCCAAAGAAUGCAAAUUAUAAGCAUAGAGUUGGAGAUAUUUGGUAUACUAUAUAUAUAUGAUGGGAGGACAUCGAGCUUAAAAGCAAAGAGACAUUAAAUUAAAUUUAAAAGAUACUGUCAGCACUUUUAUUUUCUUAGUGUUGAUGCUUUUAGUCAGGGAUCGUAACGAUUAAAUAAAAUUACUCAUCGGCUUAUAGAAAGAAACUUUUAA